GACUCUCGCCAGGCUGCUUCGUUACGUUCCGAGUCGCUGUCUAUCCCGUCCCAUAUCUCUGCUUAUUACUCCGUACCCUUCAUCGAUAGCAUCAGGGUAGCCUUCAUCAUGAAAUCUCUUACCACUGCUCUUCUGGUGGGUGUUGCCUCCGCUGCCGUCGCUCCGGCCCAACAGCCGCUACAACUCCCCAAGUCCUUCCCUGCCGCAGCCAAGGAUGCCUUCGACAACCAGCUCCAUCAUCUCAAGGAUGCUCUCAAGGGCCUCACUGCUGAAGCGGCCGCCGUCUGGGACGACGUCGCAGCCCUCUACCCAGAAGACAUGAGCAAAGCCAGCUUCUUCUCCCUGCCCAAGAAACACACCCGCCGUCCCGACCACGAAUGGGACCAUAUCGUCCGAGGCGCCGACGUUCAGAAGGUCUGGGUUCAGAACGCAGAUGGCGAACAAGAGCGACGGAUUGACGGCCAGCUUGACACAUAUGAUCUCCGAGUCAAGUCAGUCGAUCCCAGCUCAUUGGGCGUAGACACUGUCAAACAAUAUUCUGGCUACCUGGAUGACAACGAGAAUGACAAGCAUCUAUUCUACUGGUUCUUCGAGUCCAGAAAUGAUCCCAAGAACGACCCGGUCGUGCUAUGGCUCAACGGCGGUCCUGGCUGCUCGUCUUUGACCGGUCUCUUUCUCGAGCUCGGUCCGUCACGCAUCAACGAGAAGAUCCAGCUCGUCUCGAACCCAUACUCAUGGAACGACAAUGCCAGCGUCAUCUUCUUGGAUCAGCCCGUUAAUGUUGGCUAUUCCUACUCAAGCUCCAGUGUCUCCGACACCGUGGCUGCUGGCAAGGAUGUCUACGCCCUGCUCACUCUCUUCUUCGAGCAGUUCCCCGAAUAUGCCCACCAAGAUUUCCAUAUCGCCGGAGAGUCGUACGCUGGACACUACAUCCCCGUCUUCGCAGCUGAAAUCAUGUCACACAAAAAGAAGAACAUCAACCUCAAGUCACUCUUGAUUGGCAACGGUCUCACCGAUGGGUUGACUCAAUACGAAUACUACCGACCAAUGGCCUGUGGCGAAGGUGGAUGGCCUGCUGUCCUCGAUGAGCAAUCAUGCCAGGCCAUGGACAAUGCUCUUCCUCGCUGCCUGUCCCUGAUCCAGAACUGCUACGACAGCGAGAGUGUCUGGUCAUGCGUCCCAGCCAGCAUUUACUGUAACAACGCACUGCUAGCCCCCUACCAACGAACCGGCCAGAACGUCUACGACGUCCGCGGCAAGUGCAAGGACAGCAGCAACCUGUGCUACCCCGAACUCGGAUGGAUCAGCAAAUGGCUCAACGACAAGACCGUCAUGAAGGCCCUCGGCGUCGAAGUCGACGGCUACGAUUCAUGCAACUUCGAUAUCAACCGCAACUUCCUGUUCCAAGGCGACUGGAUGAAGCCUUACCACCGUUUGGUGCCUGACUUGAUCGAGAAGAUGCCCGUCCUCAUCUACGCUGGUGACGCCGACUUCAUCUGCAACUGGCUCGGUAACAAGGCCUGGAGUGAGGCCUUGGAGUACCCCGAUCACAAGAAGUUCGCUUCGGCCUCGAUGAAGGAUCUGCGCCUCGACGGCAACGGUCGCAAAAUCGGAGAAGUCAAAUCCCAUGGCAAUUUCACCUUCAUGAGGCUCCAUGCCGGUGGCCACAUGGUGCCCCUCGACCAGCCCGAGGCAAGUUUGGAAUUCUUCAACCGGUGGCUGGCGAAGGAAUGGUUUUGAAUAACCAGGCUGGCUGCAGCAAAGGUCUAGAUUGCCGAGAUGAGUUUACCCGCAUGUUCUCGAGAGGACGUCUGUUUGUAUAGUCCUUUUUUGUCCUUGAUGGACGACAAGUUUCAUAGAGUAUCAUAUCCUAUCUGACCAUGAAGAUA